AUGUCGUCACCCCCUCCAGCCAAAAAGCAAAAACAAUUCGCUUCCACCACGUCUUCUCACACUAACAAAGAGGUACCAGCGCCUCAGGCGCCGCUGGCACCCAAACCCAAUGCCGACCUGCUUCAACCUCCACCUAACCCGUCGAAUCCCCGCAAGCGACGUGCAUCACACAGUCCGAAGCUGAAUACGCUUCCUCCAGGCACAGCUUUGCCCUCAGAAUCCACACAAACCAACGCCCACAUGCCGGCGUCGCUGGCCGAGGAAGCGGGCAAAAAGCGCGGGCGAACCAACACGCCGUGGUCUGCUCAGGAAGAACAACGAUUGAAGCAAAUGCGUGAUGCAGGUCACAGUUGGAGUGAGAUUGCAAAGGCCUUUCCCGCACGGACCGAAGGCAGUGUGAAGAAACAUUGGUACAAGGAUAUGCACUAUGCUGAAUUUGCCGAAGAUGAGUCGGCAGCACUUCGUGAAGCUAUCAAAGAAUAUGAAGCGAACAAGUGGAAAGCGAUUGGGCAGAAGCUAGGCAAGCCGGCAAAGGCAUGCGAACAAUAUGCAAAAGAGCAUUUCAAGACUGGCUGA